GUGUUAUUAUCGAAAUAAACGCGUUACUUUUCGCUGUGCGAUUGGACUUUUCUCACCUGAAGCAGAAACUAAUGAUGAAAAUAAGAUAAUUUCUGCUGUUAGACUUUAAUUACUAGUUAUGUACGGUCUAAGUUCAAAGAGGUACUUCAGGUUUUAGGUUCUCACUUCGGUGACAUCACUGUUGGUCGCCAAGUUGUAUUGGCAUGUGAACUAGAUCUUCAUUUUGGGCUUGGAGGCCAGUCCUCGAUAUACAGAAUGACAGUUACAAAUUUACAAAGGACCAUGAAGGAAAAUCCAAAGGCAGCUAACUUGUUGCCAGUGUUAAUAUGUGCUGUUGCUCUUCCUCUCUCCAUGACCAUGUGGAUUGGAAAUCUUGCCUUUUCAUUUUUUGCAGGUGGUGAAAAUUCAAUUCAUCAUGAAGAUGGUUUUGUAAUUCCUCCAACAAGAUGGUUUAUUUCAUUAGUAACUCCACUUGCAAUAGCAGCAUGGGGCAUUCGCAAGAACAGUUUAGUCGUAUCUGGCGCUGUCCUUGGUUUCUUUGUUGGAUUUAUACUGACACUGACAAGUUACUCAUUUCUCAUGUGUCUCAUGACAUUUUUUGUGACAUCAUCCAAACUUACAAAGUUCCGAAGUGAGCAGAAACGGAGCACAGACGAAGACUUCAAGGAAGGUGGGCAGAGGUCAUGGGUUCAGGUGCUGAGUAAUGGUGGCAUGGCGACACAGUUAGCUUUCUUGUACAUGCUAGAUUCAGGCUGUGGGGAGCGACCAAUAAACUUCAUCAAAGAUUACCGGGCUUCCUGGUUGGGUCUUGGAGUUUUGGGUGCAUUAGCAUGCAGUAAUGGUGACACCUGGGCUUCAGAAUUGGGGACUGUCAUUGGUCGAGCGGAACCAUUCCUUAUAACAAGCAGGCAGAGGGUCCCUAGAGGUACUAAUGGAGGUGUAACCAUUGCUGGUCUCUUCUUCAGUUUAUUGGGUGGAACUGUUGUCGGUCUGUCGUACUAUUUGUCUGUUCUGUACUUUGUUGAUUCAACUGUUCUGGCAGCCAGUCCUCCACAGUGGCCACUAGUGUUUGCAGGAUCAUUUGCUGGUCUUGUUGGAAGCCUAGUGGAUUCAGUCCUUGGAGCAACACUCCAGUAUUCAGGUUUAGAUGAACGGACUGGCUGUGUGGUGGAGCAUGCUGGGAAGGGCAUUCGCUACAUCAGUGGGGUACAGAUUCUGGAUAACAACAGUGUCAACCUCAUCACAACAAUUGUGAUGGGCCUCUUGACGCCUCGUAUUGCUAACAUGUUAUGGCCUUGAUAGUUGAGAAUAUUAUUUGAAUAUGGUUCCUGCUGUUUCUUUCCUAUCUAAAGACAGAAUAAUAUCUCCCUUUUCUUAGAGAUUUAAUGAUAUAUUGGCAUCUAUUUUGAGAUUCAGAGCAGGGGGUGGUUGUGGGAGAACAUUUGGGUUUAUCACAUCAGGCCAUUAAAAAUAUUGACAGUGGACAUAAUAAUAACUGAAAAGUGAGGAGGAAUUUAUAUGUGAGAUUCAGAGUUCUUGUGGCUGUGGAGAUGCGUUGGUUCUGGCACCAUGCAGUCUUGUAGGUGGUUUACAGUGUUUCUGAAGAAUGUGUCCACACUGACUUACUGAUGAUCUGGUCCAUGGAUCUUUUUUUUUUUGGUCAGAAUAAUAGUGUCCUGUAGCUGGAUGUGAUUGCCUGGUGCUUGCUACUUCUCAGUUCAAAAUAUUUUGUCUUCCCAUCUGAAUUCUAAGAACCUGAAAAUUAAAGUAUACAAAACAAUAAUUUUGCCUGUUGUCUUGUAUGGGUGCAAAACAUGG